CCAAAAAAUGGCAACUUCCUUUGCUUAUGCGACGUUGGCUUUCAGUUCUUCUUUCACUACUCAUUGCAAAAUCUCAAACCAUCGUCACCAAAAUUCUCUUCUUUGUUCUCCUUCAAAAACUCCCAUUUUCUCUCUCUCUAAACCCCUUUCUUUGACGCUCACUUCCUCUCCUCUCCUCUCCAAACCACCCACAUUUUCUUCAAUUCCCAAAUCCUCUGAGUCCGAUGCUGCCGUUGUUGAGGCGGAACCUGAUAGUGUAGAGCCCGAACCAGAACCAGAAUCAGCUCAGGCUGUUAAGGCUGCCAAUGAGAAGCCUAAAAGGGAAGAGAUUUUUGCUGUUGUUAUGAUUGGGUCUCGUCAAUUCAUUGUUAUCCCUGGACGAUAUCUCUAUGUCCAGAGGCUCAAAGGUGCAAAUGUCAAUGAUAAGAUUGUUCUAAACAAGGUAUUGCUUGUGGGAACAAAAACAACUACAUAUAUUGGAAAACCUGUGGUAACUAACGCAGCUGUACAUGCCGUUGUUGAGGAGCAGGGAUUAGACAAAAAAGUAAUUGUAUUCAAGUACAAGAAGAAGAAAAAUUAUCGGAGAAAUAUUGGACAUCGACAGCCAAAUACACGGAUACGUAUAACAGGAAUCACAGGCUACCAAGACUAUCCGGCCGUUACACUCAACUCCUAACAUUCCUUGUGAAAGAUUGGCUGUUGCCUAGAGCUAGGCAUGGCUGCUUUAAAGUCAAGAUUGUUUUGGUCAUGAUUUUUAAUGUUGUCGAAAUGGUUUUAUUGCGAUAACAAAUAUCCAUAGAACGAUCAUAUAUCUAUUCAAAUGUUUAUUUUUUGCUUCAUAAGAUCAUUUUUCAUUUCGACAUUAUCAUACCCGUAGUAUGCAUGCUGAUUUUUAUCAUGAAUUUUAUUUAGAUGGCACAAAUAAGGAAGGUU